CCGCUUUGUCCAGCGCGCAUCUGACGCGGCUCGGCGGGUAAAUGAGAGUCACAAGUCCGAGGAGAGAGUCGGACCACCAUCCAGCCUGUUGUCUGACCUUCUCCGUCUGCUGUGCUCUGAGUCCUGAAGUAGCUCAUGUUGAACCCCGCUAUGGAUGCUCGGGGACGCGCUUGGCUCGUUUGCGCGCUGGGGUUCGCGGUUCUGUGCGGCGCGAGGUCGUCAGAUGUUGGCGACAUGGACCUAUCGGGCUGGCUGAGGGGGCUUUAUCUCGGGCGGCCUUCCAUCCCCGACCGGGACCAGACCCGGGGAGAUGGGUCCCGGGACCGCCUCGAGCCGGUCUCCACGUCAACCCACUUUAAGGACUUUGAGUCGGAGGUUCCCGGAGGACCCGGGACCGUUUCUGGCCCGCUGGUGCAGACCAAAAACGGAGCGCUGCGGGGGGUCACGCUGGACCAGGCACACGUCUUCUACGGGGUCCCGUACGCGGACCCGCCCGUGGGGGCGUACCGCUGGAAGCCCCCCCGAGCGCCGAGUCCCUGGCGCGGGGUGUACAGCGCGCGCGCCCCGCGGGCGGGCUGCAUGCAGGGCUGCCGAGCGCCGAUGGGUGACCGCUGCCCGCAUGAGGUCAGCGAGAACUGCCUGUACCUCAACAUCUUCGCCCCCCUGUCGGUCAACUUCAGCGCCCCCCUGCUGCAGCCCCUCCCCGUCCUGGUCUGGGUCCACGGGGGCGACUUCAUCGCAGGCUCCGCCUCCAAGCCGCUCUACGACGGCCGCGUCCUCAGCAACGCCUCCAACAGCCUGCUGGUCAGCCUGGAGUACCGCCUGGGUGCCUUCGGCUUCCUCGUCUCAGGGAAAGACCCCAAAAUGGCCGCCACUGGGAAUUAUGGGAUCUUAGACCAGCAGGCGGCGCUGCUGUGGAUUCAGAGAAACAUCGCUGUGUUUUCAGGAGACCCCAGCAAGGUGACUCUGUUUGGGGAGAGUGCCGGUGCCCAGUCGGUGGGUCUCCACCUCAUGAUGCCCACCAGCCAGCCUCUCUUCAGGCAGGCUGCCCUGCAGAGCCUACCCUUCUCCAUCCCCUUCAAGACAAGACACGAGGCCCUGUGGCUAGGCAAGGCCUUUAGCCACGAGGCUAACUGUAGCGUUACUGACAUCGUGUGUCUGCUAGCGCUCAGCCCCCAGGCCGUCCUAGCGGCUCAGAUGAAGACAAGCUCCCGGUUGGUGAAUCCCUUUCGGUUCCUGGAGGUGUUUGAGACCUGGGGUCCGGUCCUCGACGGCACGCUGAUCAGAGAGCAGAUCCUCCCCGCCUUCCUGGCGGGCCACUGGCAGACGGACAAGCCCCUCCUGCUGGGCACCACAUCGGAGGAGGGGGUCCUCUUCGUGAACGGGGUCUUCACCAAGCCGGUCUCCGUGGUGGAGUGCACCGUCUACACCACCGCCAUCUUCAAGCAGCACGCCCUGAAGAUCCUCCACCGCUACAUGCCCCUCUACCCUAACCCCGACCGCCGGGCCAUGCUGGCUCAGAUCGUGACGGACUACAUCUUCCUGUGCCCGGCGCGGCGGGCUGCCCGGGCGGCGAGGGAGAGCCCGGUGUGGAUGUACGUGUUCGACCACGUGGCGUCCGACACCCGCGUCUGGUCCGACGUCGCUCCGUGUUACCGCCACGUGUGCCACGGCGCCGAGCUGCCCUUCCUGUUCCACUCCGCCGCCGCCGCCAACUUCACCAUGACAACGGAGGAGGGGCAUCUCUCGGACCGCAUGCUCUGCUACUGGGGGGCCUUCGCCCGCGGGGGGGACCCCUCCCCCGCCCCCCGUCUGCUGACCCCCUACUGCCGCGGCCCCGCCCCGCCCGCCUGGCCGCGCUACGACGCCCGCCGCCUCGUGAUGAACCUGACCACGCCCUGCCACGCCCACCCCGGGCUCCGCGACGCCGUCUGCGACUUCUGGGACCACCUGGGGGUCUACUGAUCAGGGAUCGAUACGGCCCGAUCAGCGGAAGGGGAUUGGCCGACGGCGAGGCUGAAGAGACUUCUCCGGACGACCUCCUGACCUCUCUUUGGGCUCCAGUUUAGACGGACGCAAGGAGGAAGAACAGCUAGCAUGUAGCGAUAGCAUGUAGCGAUAGCAUGUAGCGAUUAGCGUGUAGCGCCUGCUUCCAUACACGAGCAGUUUGAUAAUAAAGACCUAUAACCUCCUCCCUCCUCUUGUC